UUAUUUUCACAUGUUGUAUGUAGAUGAUAUAUUAAUAGUAUUAGUAUGAUGCUAAUGAAAGAUAAGAAUGUAAUCCUGUAUCAUUUAAUAGCCAUUGUGUACUUGAGUGUUUAUGCCCAGUUUUGAUUGUUGUUUAAUUUGCCUUUAUAAUUCUUACCCAUAUAGUCCUCAGUUUGGAGUAGAAAGACUUUAGAGAACACAGUCAAUUAUUUCCAUGUUUCCAAGUAGGCACUCAGAUACAGUGGUACUAGUUGGCCUGCUUUUUGGUUUAUAUUACUGUAAGGCUUCUGUCUCUCAGCUCAGUAGCUCCAUAGCUUUCUUUCCCCUUCCAUCCAGCCACUCUCACAAGCCUGAUAUCCAUUCUUUUUUUUUCUAGUUGGGCUGAAGGAUCAGACUUGUUAAUUUGUCUAGUGCAAAGAGAGAAAGAAGAGAAGACCCAGCAAACUUCCUUGAUAACAUGCUUUUGCGAAGUGCAGGAAAAUUAAACGUGGGCACCAAGAAAGAGGAUGGUGAGAGUACAGCUCCCACCCCCCGUCCAAAGGUCUUGCGUUGUAAAUGCCACCACCAUUGUCCAGAAGACUCAGUCAACAAUAUUUGCAGCACAGACGGAUAUUGUUUCACGAUGAUAGAAGAGGAUGACUCUGGGAUGCCUGUGGUCACUUCUGGAUGCCUAGGACUAGAAGGCUCAGAUUUUCAGUGUCGGGACACUCCCAUUCCUCAUCAAAGAAGAUCAAUUGAAUGCUGCACAGAAAGGAAUGAAUGUAAUAAAGACCUGCACCCUACACUGCCUCCAUUGAAAAACAGAGACUUUGUUGAUGGACCUAUACACCACAAGGCUUUACUUAUAUCUGUGACUGUCUGUAGUUUGCUCUUGGUCCUUAUCAUUUUAUUUUGUUACUUCCGGUAUAAAAGACAAGAAACCAGACCUCGAUACAGCAUUGGGUUAGAACAGGAUGAAACUUACAUUCCUCCUGGAGAAUCCCUGAGAGACUUAAUUGAGCAGUCUCAGAGCUCAGGAAGUGGGUCAGGCCUCCCUCUGCUGGUCCAAAGGACUAUAGCUAAGCAGAUUCAGAUGGUGAAACAGAUUGGAAAAGGUCGCUAUGGGGAAGUUUGGAUGGGAAAGUGGCGUGGCGAAAAGGUAGCUGUGAAAGUGUUCUUCACCACAGAGGAAGCCAGCUGGUUCAGAGAGACAGAAAUAUAUCAGACAGUGUUGAUGAGGCAUGAAAACAUUUUGGGUUUCAUUGCUGCAGAUAUCAAAGGGACAGGGUCCUGGACCCAGUUGUACCUAAUCACAGACUAUCAUGAAAAUGGUUCUCUUUAUGAUUAUCUGAAGUCCACCACCCUAGACACUAAAUCAAUGCUGAAGUUAGCCUACUCUUCUGUCAGUGGCUUAUGUCAUUUACACACAGAAAUCUUUAGUACUCAAGGCAAACCAGCAAUUGCCCAUCGAGAUCUGAAAAGUAAAAACAUUCUGGUGAAGAAAAAUGGAACUUGCUGUAUUGCUGACCUGGGCCUGGCUGUUAAAUUUAUUAGUGAUACAAAUGAAGUUGACAUACCACCUAACACUCGAGUUGGCACCAAACGCUAUAUGCCUCCAGAAGUGUUGGACGAGAGCUUGAACAGAAAUCACUUCCAGUCUUACAUCAUGGCUGACAUGUAUAGUUUUGGCCUCAUCCUUUGGGAGGUUGCUAGGAGAUGUGUAUCAGGAGGUAUAGUGGAAGAAUACCAGCUUCCUUAUCAUGACCUAGUGCCCAGUGACCCCUCUUAUGAGGACAUGAGGGAGAUUGUGUGCAUCAAGAAGUUGCGCCCCUCAUUCCCAAACCGGUGGAGCAGUGAUGAGUGUCUAAGGCAGAUGGGGAAACUCAUGACAGAAUGCUGGGCUCACAAUCCUGCAUCAAGGCUGACAGCCCUGCGGGUUAAGAAAACACUUGCCAAAAUGUCAGAGUCCCAGGACAUUAAACUCUGAUAUGAGAGGAAAAGUAAGCAUCUCUGCAGAAAGCCAACAGGUACUCUUCUGUUUGUGGGCAUAGCAAAAGACAUCAAAUAAGCAUCCACAGUACAAGCCUUGAACAUCAUCCUGCUUCCCAGUGGGUUCAGACCUCACCUCUCAGGGAGCGACCUGGACAAAGACAGAGAGGCUCCCAGAAGCAGAGAUUGAUCCAUGUCUGUUUGUAGGAGGGAGAAACCGCUUGGGUAACUUGUUCAAGAUAUGAUGCAUGUUGCUUUCUAAGAAAGCCCUGUAUUUUGGGAUUGCCUUUUUUUUUCUUUUUAAGAUGCUUUCAUUUUGCCAAAAUAAAACAGAUAAUGUGGAUGGUUUAAGGGUUAUAGUAUUAUAGUUUAAAUAAUAACAACAGAGUUCUUCCCAGGAACUCUGCUGGAAAGUAAAUUAAAAUACACGUCUUUCCAUUGGUAAAAUAUUGUUGCACUCUGCGAACCAAUAGACAGUCUAAGUUGGAGGACAUAGAACGGAACUCAUCUUAAACAUACUCCCCACCCCGCCUUUGCCUCCUCAGACCACUUUGGCCAUCCCUGCAUUUGGGGCCGCUACGGUAAUGUGAAUGCACUGGGUACAAACACCACCUGUCUAGGAUCACAUUUGGAAUUCCUGCAGGUGGCCUUUUGCAGCUUCAGGCAAUAUGGAACAAAUGAAGGUUUAUGUGACUCUAAUAGAAGUAAUUGUUGAUAGGUGUUCUUCAGAACCACUUCUGUUUCUGAUUGUGUUAGACAUCUCUUUCAUGGUAAAAUCCUUUUCAUUAAACACAAAGAAAGCUUUUUUUUUUUUAAUGUGCAGAAGAUUGACCUGUGCAUGGUUUUGAUCUCUCAAUCGAAGGAUCAAUAUGAAAUAAAAUUGUCAUGAGCUGUGUUGAAGACAGGUGCUUUAAAAUAGAGGUAAUUUGCUCUUGUGUUGUAAGAGGAACAUGUCAACAAAGAUAGGGAAUGAGGGUGUGCAGAUGGCUUGUAUCUUAUAUAUGCAAAGGAGCCAAUCUCAGAAGCACAAAGAAAAAAGUGUGCGUACCUUAUUUUGUAUAGAUAAAGAUGAUGUCUUUUUGUUAUUGUCUGUCUGUUUUGUAUGUGUCUGAGAUAAGGGAUAGAGAGGAAACAUCCGUCAGGCUAAUUUAACUAUAUUUUAUUUUAAAAAUAGAGAAACAUAACCUCUAGAUGGGACAGCAGAGGAGAGUUAGUGGAUGCCAGAAAAUAUUAUGGGCUGCUGUGUUUUGUUCUAAAAUCAAUAUGGAUGGAGCAUGUAUAUCUUAGGUGAUCAUUUCACAUCUUAGGAAUGCCUACUCAUUUUAUUUUAUUCUAGUGAUGCUCAAUUCACUAUUUAAUUUAUUAUAUUUUAUCUUCUGUGGCACUUAUACAAAAUAUCUCUUCACCUACUCAGUUCUACAGGGUUUUAACUUUGGAGCAACAUGAAUAAAAUCAUCGAGAAGGCCAAUAUUGUUUAGCAACAUGAAUAUGAUACAGCUUAAAGUUGUACACAUCCUGCUCAACUUUAUUCAUGUGCAUUUCCUUUCUGUGGUUUUCUUUUGCUGCUUAGAAAUUCUGUAGUGGUUAGUGGUUAGUAAAGAAUUUGAAAGUACUUUCCCCUUGCUGUUUUUUUUUUUUUAAGACAUUCCUCCCAGAAUACUCCAGGGGGCAGUGUUUUAUAACACAUUUUCCCCAUUGGGUGAUUGAAGGGUGGAGGAUUUUUGAAAAUUUGACAGCUACAUGAAACAUGAGAAAACUUUUUCCUCACUUCUGAAGUCGGUUUGCAGCUGGUAACCUGUUCAUCCAGAAAACAUUCUAAAGCAAUGAGAGUUUGUGAGCUGUGCUUACAGUUUGGGAGAAUCAUGAAGAUUCUUUCUAUAUUUUGCAUUUACUUCUCAGUGCUUCAUAGCCGCAUUUUGUUUGUAACUAAGACAGAAGAAUUUCAUAAUCCUUGAAUUUGAAAAAAAAAAUUGUGUUUUUAAAGAGUGAAAACAGUUGGUUCCAAGUAGAACUGUAAUCAGAAUGCUGCUUUAACUGAUAUUAAAAAUAACCUCAAUAAUAAUGUAAAGGUUCCUUUCUCUUGUGUCAGUUAUAUUCUUAGGGAUAGCCUAGAAGGAAUAUAUGGUUAGAACUAAGUGUGACUAAUCAUCUGAGCCUUGAAGAGAAACUUCAGUGCCUCUAAACAGAUCAUCUACAAAACAACAGGUAAACAUUUAUGCCAGUUAAGUGGGACAUGUUUUUGUUUCUUGGGUUUUUCCUAAAUUUAAGUGAGGUUGGGCUUACCUUGUAGAUAAAAUUAUGUUUUCUUAUUGGUAAAUACUUGAACGUGGAUAACUUCAAAUCAGAAUAUUUUGUGAGGAGGAGAUGAUUUGAAAUUAAGCUAGAUUUCUAGGGAGGUGUUGGUUCCAAUGAAGGAUGGGAAGAAAUUAAAAUAGUCUUCAAACUUCUUCCUUAUUAUAUUUGGUUGCUUUGGAAAAGAUUGGUCCUAGUCCUCAAUCUAAUUUAUUCACCAUUAAUAUUUUAAAAACAUUCCUGAGAUACUUAAAAAGACCCACUUAGCGAUUAUAGCCGCUCAAUGAAACAAGAAUUUAUUUAUGCAUAGAUUUUUCUCUGUAUCUUACCAAAAUCCACUUUACUUAGAUAACGCUAAAUUGUUCUUAAAGACUACUCAUUUCCCAAUAAUCCUUUAUGAUUUCAAAAUUUCUAGCGGCUCAGAAGUGAAUUUUAUUUUGUCUUUCACUUGAAUAAAUGAGAAUCCAGAAAUUAAUAAUGUCGUUUAUUGCUUACUGCCACGACUAUUUCAAAGACUACGAAGAGUUUCUUCUAACCCCUCCCUCUCAAAGGAAUCCUAAAUUAUUAGUUGUUAGAUAAGUUUUGUAUGCUAAGAUAUUCAGGUUUAUAGUUUACGUGUAUAUAUAUAUAAAUAUAUAUGUAUAUAUAAAUAUUAUGUUCAGUUUGGAGUCUGGCACAACUCCAUUAUGUGGAUUAGAGAGUAAGAUAUUAUGGAUGAUAAAGUACUAAAUGAAACAUAAUAUUUAUUUAUAAAAGUAUGUAGAUUGUUAAAUCACAAAAAGAGUGCUAUGAACAUUAUGUAUGAGGAAACAGGCCUUUGACCUCCUGGAAAGCACUGCUCAAAAGUCAUUAGUGCCCAUUUUUGAAUUCCCCAAACAGAAAGCUUCUUAGAAAACAUGCUGAGAUUUUAUUUACAGGGAAUUCUUUGACACAUUUCAAUUGGUAUGUAGUCAAGUAUAGCAAGUACUUAAUAAUGACUGAAUUUCAUGUUCCUACAGUCAUGCAUAUUCAUUAGAAGUUUUAUGUUGUUGGUCUGAUCUGAUUCUUCUUUGUUUGUGGGUGGAACGGCACUGAGAGAAUUACAGUUUUUUAAACUUGAACAUGUUCAGUAGUUAUAUUGCCUUAGAAAACCCAGACACAUAGCAUUGGAAAUGAAAGAAAUGGCAUCAGAAGUGACUUAAUUUAGCAAUUGUGAUUCCUCUUGUAAAACAAAACAGAAAAAACAAUGCCAUAUUUUUUGGAGAAAAAUUGGCAAUAUAGGGGUUUCGUUGUCUGUUUCACAAGAAGACUCAUUUGUUCUUUUGGGGGAACCAGUGCCUUACAGAUUUUGUAUAUACUGUAAUCAUUCAGGACUAGGGAACAAACAAUUGUAUUGUAUUUGUUACAGAUUGUAUAUGGCUUUGUUUUAACAUUCCCCUAAAUAAAAUGGCUUCAUUCUCCCCUUGGAAAAAAAA